ACUCGUCCUAAGCAGAUUACAGUACUCGUGUGAGGACUAUAAACAGUACUUUGUGCUCCUAAUUAUUUGAUCUAAACUUCCUAAUAAAAUGUCUUACUUUGGAAAAACGUUCACUUUCGAGAAACAUGAGAAAUUCGACCAGUUCCUUGCAGCUCUGGGAGUGCCAAAGGACAGUAUCGAUGAAUUCUGCUCCCUAAAAGCCACUCUCGUUUUGGAAAAAAAUGGAGAUACCUACACCCAGAAAUAUAUGAACAAAGAAACAACUUUCAAGUCAGGCGUUGAGUUCGAUGAGACCGUCAGAAAUGGUGUUCAGUGCAAGACCACCUUCGUGGUGGAGGGUGACACUGUCACGCAAACGCAGAAGUUUCCAGAAGGCCGCACUGUCACCUUUAAGAAACAGUUCUCAGACAAUAAGGUUGUCGUGACGGCUACCACCAACGCUUGGGAUGGCGUAGCCUACAGAUACUACUCUGCGUAAACAUUAUCGCUCUCUCAGACCAGUUUGAAUUAAAUUAA